GCACGCAAGCCGGAUCCGGCCGGAUGGCGACGUGGAACCGAAAAGGGCGGCCUCCUCCGCAACGUGGCACCUCUCAUCCACGCAAAGGACACGUGCGCGCGCCUGGAAAGAGGAAAUCAACGCGGCGAUCUUUACUACUAGUAGUGUAGUCUGGUGGUGCAGAGAUUGUGCGAGGAGCAGAGCAGCGUGACCAUGGAGACCCAGCAGGAGCCGACCAAAGCGGGCGAGCCGGCCGGCGGCGGCGCCGGAGUUCUCGAGAAUGGACCUCCGGCGCCAUCAACAGCACAGCAAGGACCUGCAGCCCCUCCGGGUUCAGCAACUGACAGAGAUGCGGUGCUUGCCAAGGUGGAGAUGAAUCGGAAACUGUCCAUGGUUAAGGCGUGGGAGGAGAACCAGAAGAGCAAGGCCGACAACAGGGCCGAGCACAAGAUGUCGUCUAUCCUAUCAUGGGAGAAUACCAAGAAGGCCGCGGUCGAAGCCAAGCUCCGAACACGGGAGGAGAAGCUGGAGAAGAAGAAGGCGGAGUACGCGGAGCAGAUGCGGAACCGGGUCGCCAUGAUCCACAAGGAGGCGGAGGAGCAGCGGGCCCUCGUGGAGGCGAGGCGGCAGGAGGAGAUGAUCAAAUACCAGGAGACGGCGGCCAAGCACCGCUCCAAAGGGACCACGCCCGCCAAGAAGUUCCUCACCUGUUUCGGAUGAGCAGCCAGCCAGCCAGCCAGCCACUGAAACAUAAUCAUAGUGAAAGUUGUGAAGUAGCUCACCUAAAAGACGUGCUCUCUCUACUGCUCUUGCUCUCUUCUUUUGGAACAUCGAUCAUAAGCUUGGAUCGUGCACUGAUGUGUCAUAUCCGGGAGAUGCACUGCUAGUUCUUUUUUAGUGUGACUGCGUGAUGCACAUACAUAAUGUUGCGACGCUUGUUCUGUUUCGGUUUGUGGGAUGUCAUGUAAGGUGUGUAAGUAAACGGUACUCAGAUUUGAGAAAAUGUCAAGAAAUGUUUCCUAAGAA